AUGCAUAUAUCCAAGGCAUUCGCACUCGCCCUGGCUGGGAGAACCAUCGCGGCCGACAGCAGCGUGGGUAAUUUUUCCUUUUCCUGCGGCAACAUUGUGCUCAAGAACAACUUCACGCUCCAAGCCGACUGCACGAAAUCUGGUGGAGCUGGCGGUCCUACCAAUACGAUUGAUAUGAACCAGUGUUUUGCUGUUCAAGAUGAUGGGACUGUUGAAUGUGGAAAGACAGGGCAAAAUAUCCGGGUGCUAUUUCGAUGGAUUUGGAUACGGCACAGCCACGAAGGAAGUCGUUUGCAAAGACAAAACCGGCAAUGA